AUGGCCCAUAUCAAGCGGACCGCUAGGAAAUCGACAGGAGGCAAAGCUCCGAGGAAGCAGCUGGCAACCAAAGCCGCCAGGAAGAGUGCUCCGGCCACCGGAGGUGUAAAGAAGCAUCACAGGUAUAGGCCCGGUACAGUCGCUCUCAGACAAAUCAGGAGGUACCAGAAGAAUACCGAGCUGGUCAUCAGGAAACUCCCGUUCCAGAGGUUGGUGAGGGAGAUCGCCCAGGACUUCAAGACCGACCUGAGUGCACAUUUGGUGGCCCUGAAAAGGGCCAUUGAAAGCACGCCAGGGUGCGGACAGCCCUUAGGCUCGUUUUCCGCGGAGACGGCGAGCCAGCUGGAUAUCCUUAGGCAUAAUAGUCACCCUCUUGGCCUGGAGGGCGCACAAGUUGGUAUCCUCGAAGAGACCUACGAGAUAGGCUUCGCUGGCCUCCUGGAGGGCCAGGACGGCCGAGCUCUGGAACCUCAGGUCGGUCUUGAAGUCCUGGGCGAUCUCCCUCACCAACCUCUGGAACGGGAGUUUCUGAUGAGCAGCUCGAUACUCUUCUGGUACCUCCUGAUUUGUCUGAGAGCGACUGUACCGGGCCUAUACCUGUGA